AUGGCUGACAUCUUGAAUAUUGGAAGAGAGCCAAUCUUUGACGAUCGCAUCAUCAGGAUUGAAACUCGCACAUACAAUCCAUACGUCAACACCACGUUUGGACAUAGCGAUGAGAUAAGGAUACCCAUACAGCAGCAAGAUUUAUACACGCUACCGUGUGAAAGCUUUCUCAACAUCGAAGGAAGAUUGACGUCAAAAGAAGAAAAAUCAGAUCAGCAGCCAACGCUUGGAAUUAAUUGCGUGUCGUUCAUGUUUGAUGAAAUUCGAUAUGAACUCAAUGGUACUGAGAUCGAUCGUAAUAGAAACGUUGGAAUGACUAGUCUUAUGAAGGGCUAUGCAUCGUAUUCAGGUGACUUCGCACGUUAUAUGGAGAAUGCCGGAUUUCCACAUCCGAUGUUUGAUGAGACCGUGAAAAGACUAAUAACACGUGAUGGAUACUUUAAUUUUUACAUACCGUUGGGCAUGUUGUUUGGCUUUUGCGAGGAUUACAAACAUGUAGUGAUUAACGCGCGUCACGAAUUGAUUUUGAUACGAGCGCGCAACGACAACAAUUGCAUUGUGGGAGAUCCGGCGACAGAGCCGAAACUUGAAUUGUUUAAGAUACAGUGGCGUAUGCCUCACGUUACGUUGAACGAAGUCAAUAAACUAUCCAUGCUGCGUACUUUGGAAAGCGGACGAUAUCUGAGUAUGAGUUUUCGUUCAUGGGAUCUGUACGAGUAUCCUCUAUUGCCGAGCACGACGAAGCACUCGUGGGCUAUCAAAACGGCUACUCAGCUCGAGAAGCCGCGAUACGUCAUCUUUGCUCUGCAGACUAAUAGAAAAAAUAACAUGGCGACACAUAAAACUUACUUCGACAAUUGUAAAUUAACCAACGUGAAACUCUAUCUGAACUCUGAAUUUUUUCCAUACGAUGAUCUGAAUCUGGACUUCGACAAACGUAGAACCGCUAUUUUGUAUGAUAUGUUUGUACGUUUCCGUGCAUCUUACUAUCAAAUUUCAAAAGAAAAUAGUGAAACGUUAUUCAAGACAGAUUCUUUUAGGAAUUUCUUUCCUCUAGUAAUCAUUGACUGCUCGCGACAAAACGAGUCCGUCAAGAGUGGCACCGUGGAUGUGCGAUUAGAAUUUGAAUUCAAAGAAAAUGUACCAGCGAAUACUACUGCCUAUUGUCUUAUCAUACAUGACCGCGUGAUCGAAUACAGUCCAUUGUCCAACGUAGUACGCAAGAUUACGUAA